AUGGCCAUUGUAAACUCGGUGGUUGUGCCCGCCUACCAUGAAAAACUAAACAUCAAACCUUUGACCACAAGACUGUUCGCAGCUCUUGGAAACGAGGGUUCCAAGACGACAGAAUUGAUUUUCGUGGACGACAACUCUAAGGACGGUUCUGUAGAAGAAGUUGAGGCAUUGAAAAAACAGGGCUACAAUGUCAGAAUUAUUGUGAGAACUGACGAAAGAGGGCUUUCGUCUGCUGUUUUGAAGGGAUUCCGUGACGCAGAGGGACAGUACCUUGUCUGUAUGGAUGCAGACCUUCAACACCCUCCAGAGAGCGUGCCUCAAUUAUUCGACGUGUUGAGAAACCACGCUUUCGUUUUGGGCACCAGAUACGCUCCAGGGGUUGGCAUCGACAAGGAUUGGCCUCUGUAUCGCCGUGUGAUUUCCUCUGGCGCGCGUAUGAUGGCCAGACCUUUGACGACGGCUUCGGACCCAAUGAGUGGGUUCUUCGGUCUGCAGAAGAAAUAUCUGCUAGAGACCGAUCCCAAGGAUAUCAACGCUCAGGGCUUCAAGGUCGCUUUGGACUUGCUGGUGAAAUUGCCCUUGCCCCAGACCAAAGCCAUUGGCGAAGUGCCCUUUUCGUUCGGUGUGAGAACCGAGGGUGAAUCCAAACUUUCUGGAAAGGUCAUUGUCCAGUAUCUCCAGCAAUUGCAGGAACUGUACGUGUACAAAUUCGGAGCCAACAACUUGGUUCUAUUCCUGGCUGUAUGGAUUAUCCUUGCGCUGUACGUUUUUUUCAAACUGCUGUCGCUAGUUCGUUAG